AUGCCUUUGUUAGUUAUUUGUCCUGCGCUAGAAUAUCGGAAAAUUGAGCUCUAUAGGAUUCAUCAUCGUAAUUUCAAUGAACUCUUAGAAUACACGUAUUUAAUCUUUAGCUUGUUGAACUUAACUGUGGUUUUUGCAGAAGGCGGCCAACUUGGGAACUCGCAUGAAUUAAGAGAAAUUCCAUUCUCAUGUCCAUCCGAUUUUGAUUAUCGGUUCAAUUCACGUCUUACAUGUAAAGUUAGAACGGCCAAUUUAAUUUGCAUGUGGUUAAUGCUAAUUGCUAUGAUACUUGCGACAUCAUUUGUAAUUUGUAUUCCUGAGGGUGAUUAUGAUAAAUUGACAAGGAGAUCCAAAGUGACUGGAACCAGAGGUUUGGGCGAUGAUUGUAGUAGCACACGACUUACUAGCAAGCAUUACGAAGAUGAUGACCUAAUCACCGGUGAUGAUGAUAAUAAUCAAGGGUCCCAUUUGUGA